AUGGUUGGGCAGAAUGGAAAUCAAAACGGUCACCACUCCAAACUGUCAGAUUUUCAGAGAACCAAGCCUCCCAGUUUCAGUCAAGUUAUUGAUCCCUUGGAAGCAGACGAUUGGUUACGAACUAUUGAGAAAAAGCUUGAGAUUGCUCAUACUGAAGAGGAUGACAAGGAUCCGUUUGCUACGCAUUAUCUCGAAGGAGCUGCCGCUAUAUGGUGGGAUGAUGCGAAAGGCAUGUGGCCUGCUGAUGAAGAAAUCACUUGGAAAAAAUUCAAGGAUCAUUUUCGCAAAUAUCAUAUACCUGCUGGUAUUAUGAUGGUCAAGCAGCGUGAAUUCCUCGCGCUCAUCCAAGGCAGCCAGUCUGUUAGUGAGUAUCUGCAUAAGUUCAAUCACUUGGCCUGGUAUUCCCUCUAUGAUGUGGCCGCAGAACAAAGAAAGAUUUACAGAUUUCUUGGAGGAUUAAACCAGCACCUCCGGUGCACACUCAGUAUGUUUGAUUUCCCAGACUUCCAAACUCUGGUAAACAAGGCCCUCAUUGCUAAAAGAGAGCACAAGCUUAUACAUGACAGCAAGACUACCCGUAAUGAUCACAAGCGCAAGUUCGAGCCUAGGAAGGAUGGUCAACCAGUACAAAAGGCUCGUACUUGGCAGCACACUCAAGUAGAGUACAAGCCCAAUUGGCAGCAGAAUGUUAACAAAACCACUACCCAAGUCAAGAAUGUCAUAACCAACCCGGUGUGA